CGGGUCACCAGGCAUCAGGUCAUUUGGCUCGACCGCGGGCACCGCGUCAUCUGGCAAGGCAGUGGGCUCCGAGUCAACUGGUAUGACCGCGGGCACUGGGUCAGACAUUGGAUCGUCUGACUGGACAGCGGGCAUCGGGUCACCAGGCAUCAAGUCAUUUGGCUCGACAGCGAGCACCGCGUCAUCUGGCAAGGCAGUGGGCUCCGAGUCAACUGGCAUGACCGCGGGCACCGGGGCAGACAUUGAAUCGUCUGGCUGGACAGCGGGCAUCGGGUCACCAGGCAUCAGGUCAUUUGGCUCGACAGCGGGCACCGCGUCAUCUGGCAAGGCAGUGGUCUCCGAGUCAACAGGCACGACAGUGGGCACCGGGUCAUCAGGUACCGGAUUGUCUGGCUCGACAGCGGGCAUCGGGUCAUCAGGCAUCAGGUCAUUUGGCUUGCCAGCGGGCACCGCGUCAUCUGGCAAGGCAGUGAGCACCGAGUCACCAGGU